AUGUUCAAAAUUGAUAUUAUUAAGUUUGUUUAUAGGUGUAUUACGCUAUUUUUUGAGAUAAACGGAACGAUUCAAACCCUGCAAGUUAUCGUGUUAUCUUCCUCCUACUCCAUGUUGACUCCGUCUUCUUCAUCAUCUUCUUCCAUUUAUCCAUUGAAAUACGACAUUUUCUUGAGUUUUAGUGGUAAAGAUACCCGAAUGAGCUUCACGGACCAUCUAUAUGCUGCUUUAAAGCGGUACAAAAUCAACACUUUCAGGGAUGAUAACAACCUUAAAAGAGGCGAGGAGAUCGCACCCGAGCUCUUGAAAGCAAUUGGAGAAUCAUGGGGUUCGAUAAUCGUUUUUUCGGAAGGAUAUGCUUUUUCAAGUUGGUGUUUAGAUGAGCUUGCCGAGAUUGUGAAACAGAGGAAGGAAAGGGGACAGCAAGUUUUUCCAAUUUUCUAUGAUGUUGAAGUCUCCGAUUUAAGACAUCAAAGAGAGAAGGUUCAACAAGCCUUUGCCAUGCAUGAAGAGAGAUAUAAGGAGAACAAAGAUAAGACGCAAAGGUGGCGAGAUGCUUUAUCCCAAGUGGCUAAUAUCAGUGGAUGGACUUCGAAACAUCAGUAUGAAUCAAACUUCAUUGAAGAUAUUGUUAAAGAGAUAUCAGCAAAAUUAGUUGUCAAAAAAACUGGUAAGUUUCAGGAUAGUCUGGUUGUUGACGACCUUGGGAGGAUUGGACAAAAGCUAUCUACAACAACUUUAGUCGGUGAUGCUGCAAAGAUUUGCAUGGAAGAAAUUUGCAAAUAUUUGAUGGAUGAUGGUGUCUCAAAGAUUGGAGUUUGGGGAAUGGGAGGGCUGGGUAAAACGGCUGUCAUGAAGCAUGUCAACAACCAACUUUUAAAGGAGACUGAAAAGUUCAACAUCGUGAUAUGGAUCACUGUAUCAAAGGAGAUGAACAUCUUUAAAAUACAAAACAGCAUUGCAAAAGCAAUGCAAGUAUCCCUUUCUGAAGUUGAAGAUGAAGCAAUAAGAGCAGGGUUCAUAAACGAAAUGUUGUCUCAAAAAGGCAAGUAUGUGUUAAUCUUGGAUGACCUAUGGGACAAACUUUCUCUUGAAGAAGUAGGCAUCCCUGAGCCUUCUGAUGGGAGUAAACUAGUGGUAACAACCCGGUCAUCAGAUGUGUGGCGCUGUUUGGGUUGUCGAGAAGUUCAAAUGCGUACUCUUUCAAAACCAGAUGCAUGGAGCCUAUUCUCGCAAAAAGUAGGUCAAGAUGUUUUGACUGACCCACAUCUCUUGCCCAUUGUGGAAUCCGUUGCUGAAGAAUGCGCUGGUUUGCCCUUGGCUAUUGUUACAAUAGCAAGCAGCAUGAAGGGUGUACGGGACAUUCAUGAGUGGAGGAAUGCACUCAAUGAAUUAAAUAGACAUGUAGAAAGUGUGAGUGGGGUGGAAGGGAAGGUGUUUCAACAGCUUCAGUUCAGCUAUGAUCGUUUACACGAUCAAAAAUUGAAGCAUUGUUUCCUCUGUUGUGCAUUUUAUCCUGAGGAUGAUGAAAUCUUUGCAUUUGAGCUAAUAGAUCUAUGGGUUGCAGAGGGGCUUGUGGAAGAAAUGGAUAGCAGGCAAUUGGAGGUUGACAAGGGGCAUGCCAUAUUGAAUAAACUAAAAAACAGUUGCUUGAUUGAAAACGGUACCAAAUAUCCAGAUACUGUGAAAAUGCAUGACAUUUUGAGGGAUAUGGCAUUACGUAUCACAAGUACAAGACCACGGUUCUUGGUGAGAGCGGGAUUGCGGUUGAAAGAGAUACCAAAGGUGCAAGAAUGGAAAGAAGAUUUGGAGAAGGUAUCUUUGAUGCUGAAUUAUGAAUUACAAAUUCCAUGCCAAAUUUCACCACCAAGGUGUCCAAAGCUCACAACCUUACUGUUGUCCUAUUGCGGUAUAAAGAGUAUUCCAGAGUGUUUCUUUAAGCAAAUGCAUGGACUCAAGAUUCUUGGUCUUUCUGGGAAUCUUAUUAAAAGUUUGCCAAAUUCCAUCUCUAAUUUGGAAAAUCUCACUACAUUGUUGCUUGAUGAGUGUGAAGAUUUAGAGAAGGUGCCGUCUUUUUCAAAACUUCAAUCUUUAAAGAUGUUGGACCUUAGAAAUACAAAAAUCAAGGAUCUCCCUCAUGGGUUGGAAAGGCUGGUAAAUCUCAAAUAUCUUGAUUUGAGUUGUACGAAUAUAACAGAAGUGGCCGAUGGAAUAUUGGCAAAUUUCACAUCACUUCAGCACUUGGCAAUACUGAAUUUUAACGAAGCAGCUGACAGAUUCGAGGGAGGAGAAGAAGUUAACAGAUUCGUGAGAGGAGAGGAAAUAGGUCGAUUAUGGAAGUUGGAAUACUUUGCAGGGGGAUUUUAUGACUUGAAUGAGUGGAACAAUUAUAUCAAAGUUUUGCAUGCUCCAACAGAAGGGCCUCGUCAAUACUACAUUUUCGCCGGUGAAGCACCAUUUUUUAUCUUUCCAUCGGAGUGGAAAAAAGUAAUUCAAUUAAAUAGUCGUAACAUCUGCACAGAUGGUAUUAAGGUCCUAUCUGAUGUUGAGGGCUUGGGAAUUGGGGAGUGCAUUGUCGAUUUGUGUGAAGAAGAGGCAUUUUCCUCGCGGUUUAUCUUACCGCCACAUAAUGUUUUUUCCUCUCUUUCUGAUCUUUACAUAAGUGAUUGUAAAAAUAUAAAGAAGUUGUUCUCGUCCAAUUGGGUCUUGCAGAACCUCCAAAAUUUGAAAUGCUUAUCUGUUGGGCAUUGCGAGGAUAUGGAAGAAAUAAUAGCACCAGAAUCAGAAUCGGAGGAAGAAGUAAUAAGUGCCAUCAAUUUUACUCUUCCCAAAUUAAAGGAAUUGUGCUUGGGAUGGCUACCAAAAUUGAAGAGCAUUUGUAGUGCAAAUGGAGUAAUGGUUUGUGAUUCUAUUGAGGAGAUUACUAUAACACAGUGUCCAAAAUUGAAGAGGCUACCUCUGUAUCUUCCUCUGCAUGGCGAUGGCCAACCAUCUCCCCCUCCUUCUCUUAGAAAGAUUUCAAUUUCUCCAUUGCAGGGGCAAUUGGUUGAGUGGGACCAGCCAAAUGCCGAGUCUUUGUUGAAGCCUUACUUUAAGUGGUGAUAGUUACAUGUUCGUUGAAAUGUCUGACCAUUACAGCGUUCACUGUUACUUAUUCUUUUUCUGUUGAGACAGGAGGAAAUUACUCCUGGCCACAAUGUUUUCCUGGAGAUCUUAGCACGUCAAGGAUUAUUUGGAGGCAGCCGGCAGCAUCUCACACUUUGAUAUUCGGAACUCCCUUGAUGCAUGUUCGUUUCAAGUCUCUAUUUCUAUCCUUCUUGUUGACGUUUUGGAGGUUUCUGAGAAUUUAGGACAUGCUUGCGGCUCCAACCUUUUCGUUAGAAGCAAAACGGAAGCAAGCUGUUGGAUUAAAUGCUGUACAAGUUUACAGCUGCAAGUCCUUCAUUUCAUCAUUUUAUGUUGUACCAGAUGAAAGAUCAUUUGUCACCAUCUUAACGCUGCUGCAAAAUAGAAGGAACUGGUGGCUUCUCACGUUCUCAAUUGUAAACAUUUGCAAUUCUACACUCCCCUAAAUUGCCUGUCAAGCCAUAAUGCCUGAUGAAGACCCUAUUGACCAUUUCUUUGGUUCUUCUGGAAGCAAGACCAAUUCAAGCUCUAGAAUAAAAGGCUUAAGCAUGGUUAUACCAUACCACCUGGAGGAUCACGUUGUUCCAAAAUUUAAAACUGCAGCUAAGAAGACUAAAAAGAAAAUAGCUCACUCUGGGAGUGAAGUAAAGUGGAAUUGUAAAUUUCACUCCACUGCAGAACCCCAGUCUUCUUCUGAAUUUGCUUAUAUCAUCUUCAUCAACUCUAGAGUUGCCUAGGUUUCCUUGUGUAAUAUUUGUUGGCUCUAUACUUUGUGUCUUGUCUGUUUUGUACUUUGUUCUUGUCUGUUAACAGAAACAUGUCAAGAAUUUCUCUUUGUAUUAAUCAUUGAAAAGGUGCCAGAUUCUGUUACCCUUAAUUCCGCUCCAAAGUUGUUGAAUGUAUUUCCUUGUCUCAAAAUUUUUUAAGUAAAGAUAUUUUAUU